UGUCAUUUUGAUGUAGUCCGGCGUAAUGCGGCCGGUUAUGAACCCGAUCAUCACAACUCGGCCAUUCCUCGUUACUUCCUUGUUUUUCGAGUACCAAAAGGGUUCUCAUAUUUUCACCGGAAACGUCAACUUUACUGGCCACUGUGUACUGGUACAUGUUUCUGCAGAAGGAAAGUGUGUGAUAAUUCCUCAUCAUGGGGAAUUGCUGUGACGGACCAUCGAAGGAAAGGAAAUACAACCCCCAGGCUGGCGUGCAAACAAACAUCGCCUUGCAGCAGCAACAACAGGCACAAGUCCCCAACUCCGCUCACAACCACCAGCCUCAGCAGCAUAGAAUACACACCGAUGCUUUGCCCCGUCAGCCCGCCGGCCCAUCCACAGCGGUUGCCCCCGGCUUCAAACUGUAUGUCGCCUUGUUUGACUACGAUGCCAGAACCAACGAGGACUUGAGUUUCAGGAAAGGGGAAGAACUUGAAGUGCAGAAUGACAAUGGGGACUGGUGGCUAGCCCGAUCAAGAACCACGAAGAAGGAGGGAUACAUUCCUUGUAAUUAUGUAGCCAAAGUGCAAUCACUGGAAUCAGAACCAUGGUAUUUCCAAAAUAUAAAGCGAGUAGAUGCAGAGAAGAAGUUACUGCUGCCACAGAACGAGCAUGGAUCUUUCCUGAUCAGGGAGAGCGAAAGUAGGAGGGGAGACUUCUCCUUGUCACUACGAGAUGGUGACACUGUUAAGCAUUACAGAAUACGUCAGCUGGAUCAUGGAGGCUAUUUCAUCGCAAGGCGGUCCACAUUCAGCACUCUUUCAGACCUUGUCAAGCACUACACAGUGGAAGCUGAUGGGCUGUGUGUCAACCUCCGCAAACCAUGUGUACUGGUGGAGAAGCCACAGACGAUUGGGCUGUCCUACAACACGGCUGACCAGUGGGAGAUCCCCAGGAGCUCCCUGCAGAUGGUCAAGAGGCUAGGAGGUGGGCAGUUUGGGGAGGUGUGGGAGGGACUUUGGAACAACACGACCCCAGUCGCAAUCAAGACUUUGAAACCAGGUACUAUGAACAAAGACGACUUCCUCAAAGAGGCUCAAAUCAUGAAGAAGCUGAGACACCCGAAGCUGAUCCAGCUGUAUGCAGUCUGCACCAUGGAGGAACCCAUGUACAUCGUUACAGAACUCAUGAUCAAUGGGGCUCUGCUGGAUUACUUACAGACAGCAAAAGGCCGAAUGCUGAAGCUACCUGAGUUAAUCGACAUGGCCUCGCAGGUUGCGUCCGGCAUGGCCUACCUGGAGAAACAGAGCUACAUACACAGGGAUCUAGCCGCCAGGAAUGUCCUGGUGGGAGAAUCCAACAUAUGCAAAGUGGCUGACUUUGGCCUGGCAAGGAUCAUCAAGGAUGAUAUUUACGAGUCACGUGUUGGUGCCAAGUUUCCAAUCAAAUGGACAGCCCCAGAAGCAGCUAACUACCUUGCCUUCACCAUCAAAUCUGACGUUUGGUCCUUUGGGAUUCUGCUCACAGAGAUUGUUACAUAUGGCAGGAUACCAUAUGCAGGUUACACCAACAAACAAGUACUGGACAUGGUGGAAACUGGUUUCCGUAUGCCCUGUCCUCCUGGUUGCCCCCAGGAGCUGUAUGAAAUCAUGCUGGAAUGCUGGAAGGCCAAUCCGCUCGACCGACCCACGUUUGAAACACUUCAGUGGAAAUUGGAAGAGUUCUUUGUCAAUACCGGUGACCAGUACAGGGAACCAUCCGCUAUCAAUUGAUAAUGGCUUGGAGAAGUGAUAAGCUGUGUCUGAAUUACUUGGCUGCGGCUUGAAAUUACGUACAACUCUAUGGGAAGUGGCUGUUGUUGCAACCAUGGACAUAUGUAAUUUUAAGCUGCAGCAGAGUUAUUUAGAUGCGAACAUAGAAUGGUUUCUAAUGGUGGUUAUGGGGGAAAAAGUGAAUAUAAUAAGUAGAUGAAAUCAACACUUUAGAAACAUGAAAAAAAAUGUUGGUGUGUACCAGGAUAUUGCCGGCCUCCUGUCAUGUUUCAUAAAACUUUUGGUGGGAUGUUGAACUCAGCCAUGACAGCUCACACAUCAGCCAUGUGACCUGUCUUGCGACCUGCACCUCAGUUGAGUCAGAAGUGGUUGUAGGACAUAAAUCUCCCAGAAAACAAAAGUCAGAGGAUUUGACAUGUAGCAUGACAUGAAUAAAAAGUUUUUACUCGUAUCAUUUUCUUUCCAAAAAUAAUCAGAAAUUAGAAAAUGCUUCUGUUCUAACUGGAUCAUAACGUGUACAAAUAAGUAUUAGCCAGUUCUGUAUUUCAGCUGGCUCACAAAGGCUGCAUCUGAACCAUGUUUUUUUUUGUCUGUGGCUUGGCUAUUCUCAUAGGUGUGGCCAUGUUGAAUGUCACAGCCGUAGACAAAAAGGAUUGAAGCACACCUCACCUUUCUGUCUGGCACCGGAUGUAAAAUAGAAAAUUGUGGGAGUAGAAUGCCUGUGUAAAGAUACAACAUACUUGUUCAAAUUGUUCAUGUGUCGUUCUCAAAUGUUUUGCACUGACUUGUUUCAGUUCCAUCACAACAGUGAAGAUGGAUCAAAACUAUUUACCUGUAUAAUUGCACAAUUAUGUAUGCAAAUACAAAGGCAGGUGCUUUCUUGUGGGUCAUACCCUCUUUUGAACUGAUGCAGCAUUUCUCAUUCGUACAUAGAGUCAAAUGUACUGUAAAUGUAUGGUUUCAAAGUAAAUAUUGUGGGAAUGCCAAUGUACAUUGCCCUUUGUACUUGCAAGGAAACUCUAUCUCUUGUCGGUAUUAAACCGCUGUCAGGAGAUAUGUCACGCAAUCAAAACUUUUCACACAAUCAUUUGUGUCAUGACUUCACCAGGCAAAGUGAAUAUUCUUCUGUGCAAUGUUGACUUUACAUGUAGCAGGACAGAAGUGGUGAUUUCCCAGAAAUGUCCUUCUCUGAACUCACGACAAGGCAUUUUGCAUUUUAAGUGUAAUAUAAACACUCUGCUUAAAGGUAACUGCUCGUGUGUAAUUGUUUGAAAUUGGAACUGUUUAUACUAUCUAAAUUAUAUGUGGCUGGACAUGGUACGUGUCCAUGUACUAGACAUUUGGUUUCCAUAGUGACUGAGGAAAAGUAUGAUCUGGUUUUAACUAAAAAGUAGAAGAGAAGGUAUUUAAACAGAUCACAGCAAAUGUUUGAGUUUUACAAAUAUUUGCUUUCAUGGGGGUUUGACUUUAGCUUGUAUUCAUUCAGUGCUUGAAAGCGUAGUUGGUUGAAAGGUUUGCGAUACAGUAGUCAUUCAAGACCAUAAAUAAAGAGUGGGAAAUGACAUCUAACAGUGUGGCAGUGGACAAGGUAUGAUGUGAUAGAAUGCUGUCGGUAUCAUUAAUUACAUUGAUCAUCAAUACACAGAAUGAUAAGCUAUGAUUUUUAUGUCCCUACACAUGGACAGGUGCAUUUUAUUUUGUAAGUUUUCAGUUUAUUUGUUUUAUGUGUCGGGUUUUUUUACAUGUGCAUAAACCAAGCAGAAUUCACCAAUUCGAAAGUGCGCAUGACUUUUCCGGAAGAUAAUGCGACUUGUUUUCAAAAAAAAAAAAGCUCACUGCAGAGCUGACUUCUUGACGUGUAACUGAUUGUUGUGCAUCUGUUUUGUUAGGCAGAAACAGAUUCUGUGGAUUUACUCAUUGCUUUGAUUUUUUAAAAUAAUUUUUUAAAAGGUGUAAACCAAUCGUAAUGCUCUCUCUCUUUUCAUAUAUGCUUAAUUUUACGUUCAUUUUGAGUCUAAUUAAUUUCAGUUUGAUUCAGAUAUAUGAGUACUACUGCAUGCUUAUUUCAAGACCUAUUACUCUACACCUAUGGUCAGUCUGCCAUACCAAAACAAGUUUUUGAAAUGCAUGCGUAUGUUUUAAAAUACCUAAAUUAUUAUACAGUAAUGAGUUUGUGGACAGAUGUAUGUAUAUAAGUAUUUUUUUACAGCAGUGAAGAAAUUUUUCAUGUUUUUCUGGCCUACCAGUUACUGCAGAUGAUGUGGAAUGAAACUCUAAAUACUGAUUACAUUUUAAUUUUCUUGCCAAGGGAUUUACUUGACACUGCAUACAGACAAUUAGGAGGAGAUGCCAUUCUUGCGGGGCCAUCACACUCAUGCACGGGUCUUAACUUGAGCACGGGUGUGCAUUUUAGCAAGCCACAAUACCCUAUAGGUCCAAGAUAAAUGUAAUGCACACAUACCGCUUAGGUGAGAACAGGAUGACCUGCCAUAAUGGCUUCUAAUUCCGGUUGCUGGAAUAGUUUAAUAGCUGUGGAAUAUGCACAUCUAAGAAAGUUUCAUAGAUGAUCAGAAGGAGAAUAAACUUUGGUGUGGUUUUAACCCCCUAUAACCCAGGAAUCAGAGGCAAGCUUGGGGCAAA